GCUAUCAUAACUAGUUGCAGAAAAAACUAAGAUAUGGGUACUGAACAAUCACCACAAAAGACAACAACAGUAGCAUCAGCCCCAGAAGAAGGGAACACUAGUUGGGUAGAUGCAGAAGGUGGUGGAGUAGCUGUUUCUUCAGUUAAUGGAAGGCAAGGGACUUGGAAGCACGCCGCCUUCCAUAUCGCUACCACCAUCGCCACUCCGGCAGCUUAUGCGCCGCUGCCGUUUGCUCUUGCUUCUCUGGGUUGGCCUCUUGGUGUAAGCAGUUUGGUGGCUGCAACAAUAGCAACAUGGUACUCUAGUCUUUUGAUUGCUGCUUUGUGGAAGUGGGAUGGGAAGGAACAAACUACUUAUAGACAUCUUGCCAAGAGUAUCUUUGGGCCCUGGGGUUACCGGUGGGUUGCAUUUUUUCAGCAGGUGGCUUCCCUGGGAAACAAUAUCGCCAUCCAAAUUGCUGCUGGAAGUAGCCUGAAGGCAGUUUACAAACACUAUCAUCCAAAUGGCUCCUUAACCUUACAGCACUUCAUAGUCUUCUUUGGAAUUUUCGAAUUAUUUCUAUCACAUAUCCCAGAUAUUCAUUCACUGCGAUGGGUGAACGCAUUGAGCACUUUCAGCACAAUAGGAUUUGCUGCCACAACCAUUGGUGUGACCAUCUAUGAUGGCAAGAAGACUGAUAGAAGUUCAAUUAGUUAUGGAUUAAAAGGAAGCAGCUCUACCAAGGCAUUCAAAGCGUUCAAUGCUUUAGGGGCAAUUGCCUUUUCAUUUGGAGAUGCAAUGCUUCCAGAAAUACAGGAUACUGUGAGGGAACCUGCAAAGAAGAACAUGUAUAAAGGUGUUUCAGCUGCAUACACAGUGAUUGUAUUGACUUAUUGGCAGAUAGCCUUCACAGGUUUCUGGGCUUUUGGAUCAGAUGUUCAGCCUUAUAUACUGUCUUCCCUCACAGUCCCACAGUGGGCAAUUGUAAUGGCUAACAUUUUUGCAGUAAUUCAAAUAUCAGGCUGUUAUCAGAUAUACUGCAGACCAACUUUUGCCUGUAUUGAGGAUCGAAAGAGUUCCUCCAAAAAGGCCAAAGAACACCUUCAGAUCAGAAGGAUAGUGCAAUAUGUUGCUCUUCGGUUGGCUUACAUAGCUAUCAUUAGUACCAUUGCCGCUGCCAUGCCUUUCUUUGGGGAUUUUGUUUCAAUCUGUGGUGCCAUUGGAUUCACUCCCCUAGACUUUGUCUUCCCAGCUAUAGCAUUUCUGAAAGCUGGAAAAAUGCCGAAGAACUCUAGCCUUCGCUAUUUUGUGAAGGGCCUUAACAUCACAAUUUCCAUCUGGUUUACCAUUGUUGCUAUACUGGGUUGCAUUGGGGCAGUCAAGUUCAUCAUACAAGACGUUAACACUUACAAGUUCUUUCAUGAUAUGUGACAUUGGUUAAGCUUCUUCCCUUAGUCGAUGCUUACAAGUGAUCGAUUUUGUAUUUAGUGUACCGGAGGUGAUUAAUACUUUUGGCUAACUCUGUUUUCCCUGGAUUGGUGAAACAUGGACAGAGCUUCUUGGGCUAGCAGCUAAAUUGUGAAGUCACAGAAAGAAGCUUUAGAAAUGUAUGAUUCAGGUACGAUUAAGAAACUAGAAAAUGUAUGAUCCAUGUA